GGUGACGACACCAACAAACAUCGACGUAGACUACCGCCGGAGCCCACGACGUUUGCUGCAGCUAUCCGCACCGCCACCUGUCGCUUUUAUUGCUACUCUUGCAGUCCGCCUUCUCCACAGUCCCUCCCUACCGCGCAGCUCUCAUCCCAGCCACUCCGCACACGGCGCGCCAGCUCCGCCACACCUCACCCGUUAGCCCUCAGUACCCACCGCAUUUCCCUCAUCAUCUCCCGUAGUACCGCGGUUGCAUAUCCGGAGCUUUAUCUCGACGUAAGCAUCCCCUCUACCUGCUAUAGUCGACCGGACGUCGGAGCGCCCCGGUGGCGUGGCGAGCGACAUGGUGAAGCGGUGCUCGAGGGGAGGAUGGGGAGCCAUAACGACGGGACUGCUGUCCAUCCUCGUCGGCUCUGUCCUGGCCGGGCCCGAGCUCACAACAAAACACGAGAAGGGCCGAUGCGCUAUAAGAGGACACUGCGGAAAGCAGGGCUUCUUCGGGUCGGACCUGCCCUGUCCGGACAACGGCCUGGCCACGAAGCCGGAUGAGGAGGUCAAGCAGAAGCUCGUAGACAUAUGCGGCGAUGCAUGGUCAGACACCGAUGUGUGCUGCAAAGAAGAGCAGCUCGACGCGCUCAAGUCGAACCUCAACAAAGCCACGCCCAUCAUCAACGCCUGCCCGGCCUGCAAGGAGAACUUCUACAACCUAUUCUGCACCUUUACCUGCUCACCAGACCAGUCGCUCUUUAUAAACGUUACCCAGACCGCGCCGAAAGCGGACAAGUACCUCGUCACCGAGCUAGACCACCUCGUAUCGAACGAGUACGGCUCCGAGUUCUACGAUAGCUGCAAGGAUGUCAAGUUCGGAGCUACAAAUGGCAAGGCAAUGGACUUCAUCGGCGGUGGCGCGAAGAACUACACUCAGUUUCUGAAGUUCUUAGGGGACAAGAAGCUACUAGGCAGCCCAUUCCAGAUGGACUUUCCACGACCGAGCGAGGAUGAUUUCCCUGGCAUGGACGCGAUGAACAAGACGGCGCAUCCUUGCAAUUCGACCGACGAGAAGUACCGAUGCGCAUGCUUAGACUGCGGAGGCUCCUGUGCCGAACUGCCUGAAGUGUCCGAGGCGAAGCAGUGCUCCGUCGGCCUGCUACCUUGCCUUUCAUUUGCCGUCAUUGUCAUCUAUUCCGUCUUCCUCGGCCUGCUGUGCAUGGCCGUCGCCGGCCACAUUGCAUACCAGAAACACUCCAAGCAUAAGAACGAGCGGUUGCGCCUCCUGCAGGACUUAGAGCCUAGCGAUGAUGAAGACGAGGGAGAUAUCGUACACAACGUGUCAAUGCUAGAUCGGCCGACGAAGCACUACUUCGUCAAUACGUGGUGCGAUCGCAUGUUCAGUCGGCUUGGCUAUGUUUGCGCGAGGUUCCCCGAUAUCACCAUCUUCACCAGCGUUCUGGUCGUUGUGCUGAUGAGCCUGGGUUGGCUGAGGUUCGAGGUCGAGACUGAUCCCGUCCGACUAUGGGUCGCCCCAGACUCGACCGCUGCACGAGAGAAGGCCUUCUUCGACGACAAUUUCGGUCCAUUUUAUCGCGCCGAGCAAGCAUUCUUAGUGAAUGACAAUGGUGGGCCUGUGCUGAGCUACGAUAUACUUCGCUGGUGGUUUGACGUGGAAGGCCGGGUUCGCCGCGCCAAGUCUUAUGAGGGUGGAGUGACUCUGGAUGAGGUCUGCUUCAAGCCCGUCGGAGAUGCCUGUGUUGUCCAGUCGGUAUCUGGCUACUUCCAAGGGGAUAUCAACAAUGUUUCCCCCCACAGCUGGCAGGGGGAUCUCAAAGAGUGUGUGGACAAUCCUUCUCAAUGCUUGCCGGCCUUCCAGCAACCCCUCGACCCCCAUCUGCUGUUCGGCGGCGUCAACGAAAGUGUUCUGGACGCGCAAGCAAUAGUCGUUACCUGGGUGGUCAACAACUAUGAAGAAGGCACCGCGGAGCUCGAGCGCGCUAUGAAUUGGGAGUACAGCAUGCGUGACCUAAUGCUAGCCGUUCAGGGCGAAGCCAGGGAUCGAGGCCUAAGGCUGAGCUUCAACACUGAAGCCAGUCUCGAGCAGGAGCUAAACAAGAGUACAAAUACCGAUGCUAAGAUCGUGGUGGUGAGCUACAUCAUCAUGUUCUUGUAUGCUUCGCUAGCACUUGGGUCCACUACGCUCACUGUGCGAUCAUUCCUCCGCAACCCCGCAAACGCGCUUGUCCAGUCCAAGUUCAUGCUGGGCAUUGUCGGCAUUGUCAUCGUCCUUAUGUCCGUUUCCGCCUCUGUUGGCCUGUUCUCCGCCGCUGGCAUCAAGGUCACGCUUAUCAUCGCCGAAGUCAUUCCUUUCUUGGUACUGGCUGUCGGUGUCGACAACAUAUUCCUCAUCGUUCACGAGUUUGAGCGCGUGAACAUCAGUCAUCCAGAGGGCACCAUCCCAGAGCGCGUCGCACGAGCGCUAGGUCGCAUGGGCCCAUCAAUUCUGCUUUCCGCCACUACCGAGACCACUGCAUUCGCUUUGGGAUGUGCCGUAGGUAUGCCAGCGGUGCGUAACUUUGCCGCCUAUGCUGCUGGCGCGGUGCUCAUCAACGCGAUCCUGCAAGUCACAAUGUUCGUUGCCGUCCUGGCGCUCAACCAACGACGGGUGGAAUCGAAUCGGGCUGACUGCUUCCCCUUCGUGCGUGUGCGACGGGCCGAUUCAAGCUAUCUAAAUGGCGGAAUGGGCCACGGCGCUGGCGAAGAGGGCGGCUUGCAGCGCUUCAUCCGCAAGACAUACACGCCAGCACUGCUAGGGAAGAAGGCCAAGGUCGUGAUUCUCGCCAUCUUCUUCGGCAUCUUCACUGCUAGCCUCGCGCUGUUCCCAAAGGUACAGCUGGGGCUUGAUCAGCGCAUUGCUAUUCCAAGCGAUUCGUAUCUCAUUCCUUACUUCAACGAUCUUUACGACUAUUUCAAUGCAGGCCCGCCGGUCUACUUCGUCACGAAGGAACUUAACGUCACGCAGCGGGCACCGCAGAAGGAGCUUUGUGGACGGUUCCCUACUUGCGACCGAGAAAGCCUUGCCAACGUAAUCGAAGCCGAGCGAAAGCGACCGGAAGUGUCCUACCUUUCUGCCUCCGCCGCCAACUGGCUCGACGACUUCUUCCUCUGGCUCAACCCCGAAAACGAAAAAUGCUGCGUCGACAACGGCAAACCCUGCUUCAAGGACCGUCGGCCACCAUGGAACAUCACGCUCAGCGGCAUGCCCGAAGGUCAGGAGUUCAUCCACUAUCUGGACCGCUGGAUCGAGGCUCCGACAAACGAAGACUGCCCUCUCGGUGGUGCCGCCGCGUAUUCCAACGCCCUCGUUAUCGACGACAAACAUCUGACUAUCCCGACCUCCCACUUCCGCACCUCGCACACUCCGCUUCAUUCCCAGGAGGACUUCAUCAAUUCUUACGCCGCCGCCCGCAGGAUAGCCCGCGAGAUAUCCAACGACGUUGAUACCGAAGUCUUCCCAUACUCCAAGCACUACAUCUUCUUCGACCAGUACACUACCAUCGUCCGCCUCGCCGGCGCUCUCAUCGGCUCCGCGCUCGCUGCCACCCUUCUCGUGACCACCGUCCUACUCGGCUCCCUGCAGACCGCGCUCGUCGUCACCCUUGUAGUCGCCAUGACGGUCUCUGCGAUCAUCGGAUCCAUGGCCGUCUUGGGCGUGUCGCUCAACGCCGUCUCGCUCGUAAACUUGAUUAUCUGCGUGGGUAUUAGCGUAGAGUUCACAGCACACAUCGCCCGCGCUUUUACCUUCCCCAGCCGCGCGACUAUGGAACGCGCUCCGAGACAUAGGUUCAGGGGAUUGGAUGCGAGGGCGUGGACAAGCAUGGUUAAUGUGGCGAGCUCAGUCAUCAGUGGGAUUACGAUUACGAAGAUUCUCGGCGUGGGCGUGCUGGCUUGGACGAGGUCUAAGAUCUUCGAUAUUUACUACUUCCGCGUCUGGGUCGCGCUCGUGAUAUGGGCCGCCACGCACUCGCUUGUCCUGCUCCCUGUACUCCUUAGUUUGCUCGGCGGCAAGGGAUAUGUAGACCCGGAGAGCGAGGGCGGGCUGGAGCAGGAUCUGAGGAGUCGACAGUAUCCUGCGCUGCUGGGCGAUGAUGAGGAGGAGUAUGAUAGUGAUGAUUAGUCGUCUACGGAUAGCGAGGAGGAGGAGGGCAGGUUGCACUGGAUGGAUUCUUGGAUGGGUGUAUGAGUAGCAAUAGUCCUUUGGUAUAGAAUGUAAUCGUUAUCGAGACAAG